CGGGCCGUUCCUCGGGCACGUCCGAAGUAUAUCGCAAAUAUCGCGUUAAAUCUACGUUAAAUUCGCAGUAUCCUUUGGUGGUUGCUUCAGUUUCGAGACAGACGAAACUCGCGAGGGUGGUUCGCGGUGACACGCGGGUUUCCGGUAACCGCGAUCUCUUUGUGUCGGGGUUACACUCCCCGGGAACGGCAUGCUCAACAAUAUCUCCGCCGGCGGGUCCAUACACGGUAUUUCCGGAGCGAAGGAUCUUCAUGCGCAGGACCUGAAGAGGCACGACAAGUUGGACGGCGUGCUGGGAGUGAAUUUGGGGACCGGGUUGUCUGCCGGUGGUGGCCUCACGCUUCAUCAGGAAUUAAUCAUGACCAUGCCUGGCGCGGGAAAUGCGGGGGCGAUCGGACAAGGCGAUGACAAACCCGCGAAACAGAAAAGACAUCGGACGAGAUUCACACCAGCUCAGUUGAACGAGCUAGAGAGGUGUUUCAAUAGGACCCACUAUCCGGACAUUUUCCUCAGGGAGGAGAUAGCUGUGAAAAUUGGCCUCACGGAAAGUCGGGUGCAGGUGUGGUUUCAAAAUCGCCGAGCAAAGUGGAAAAAACGGAAGAAGUCUGCGCCGAUUUACCGUUCCACGGGCACUCUGCUACCAUCGCAUGGUCUGCCUCCGUUUGGUCCAAUGAGCUCCGAUCUUUGCGGUGCUGGAAUGUUUCAUGGACCUGCUGAAAGAUGGGGAAUGGGAACAGGUCUCGGACAAUUGGGCCAGGGAGGGAUGACGAUGGGUGGUUUUGGGCAAAGUUUAGGACAACUUGGUCAGCAAAGUACGGGAAGCCUAGGUUCGAGCUUGGGUCUUGGUAAUUCCGGGCUCCCUAUCAGCAGUCCGUCGCAGACUGUCUAUCAAGCUAGUUAUGGACUGAAUUCCCUCGGGGGUGUACACGUGACGGCAUCCCGGGGUUCGCCUCCGGGAGGAUCGAGCGUGGGCGGAGGUCAGGGUGGCGGACUUGGAUCGGCCUUGAACUGCGGUCAGGGCUCGCCUGGGACGACUUCCGGUAGCGGAGGCGGUGGCGGUGGCGGCGGUGGUGUUUCCUGCGUGGCCGCCGACGUGAACGCGACCGAAGCGUCGGAUUGGAGAGGCGCGCACAGCAUCGCGGCGCUGAGACGUCGUGCCUCGGAUGCGUCGCAACAAUACAGUCCACAGCCACCGCCACCACCCGCAGGACCACCUCAAUAUGCCCACGACAUCGAGUACAAUUCCGUUUACUGAGGUGUUCCGGGAUUCUCUAUUAACUCUACUCUCACUGGUUUUAUCGGGGAAACCUUUCAAUGAUUCCCUUGGUGGACGACGAGACGGUUCCGUACAGUCCACGUGCAGGGUAACGCGUGAUCAGAAGAAAUACUCGUUGGUCGAGAAUAUUUCUAUUUGCUCGUGGUUGCCCACUACGGAAGUAAAAUAAACACUCUUGGAAAAGAAUGGAAAAUUUAGCCUAGUCUCUGGACAAGAUAACAGAAGCUACAGCAACAACGAAUUUUAUCUCGUUCUCUGCGUGCUCUAAAUGUUGAUUUUAAUUACCGAUUAAUUGGAAAUUUUACGAAUUGAUCUGUGGUGCAAUCAUAGAGGAACAAUUUGACGAUAACGCGCGAUGUUCGGAGUAACAAGUAUACGGUGAAUUUUGAAAAAAUAUAAUAAUAAUAAAAAGAGGAAGUUUCCGAGAACAGGAGGCGGUAAAGUGAAGAUGGAAAAACGAUUUCCACGAAAGGAUUCGUGUCACAUUGAAGAAGCUGUGCAACACUGACGUUGUUACGUCACAUAUGCAUAUAUUAACACUAUCACCGGUGCGCGUCGGACGAUUUUAUACGUUCAAUCUAUUUCUAACACAAUUACAUUUCAAAUGAUUACUUCAGAAUCGUACCUACUGCUCAUUAAAGCAGUGUGAGGUUCGCUUAAGUGCAAUCCGAAUGUAUUCUUGAACAAUUAAUUUAUUCUAUGUUACGUACUGUUUCAGCAAGAAUUUCGGAAUUUUUAGAAUUUACACGUACGAAAUUCACGAGUCGCUGCACGGUGUAACGAAAAGUAUACGACAAGUUAUUAUAGUAAUUAUGUAUGGUAUUGUAAAUAUAGUAAAGAAUUACGAUCAUUAUUGAUAAGUUUCGCGUAUAAUGAAACGGCUAAGUUAUUUUUACUUGACCAAUUUAGCAAGGUUACAAGAUUCAGGAUCCCUCGAUUGUUUGCAGUUCCUUUCACGAAUCCGUGUAAUAGAAACCAAAGGGAAUCUCUUGAUUUUCACCUAAUUUACCUACAUUUCACACGUUCACGCGAAAUGACCACGAGCCUGUUCAACGAUCGCAUUAAGCUUUAAUAACGAUUAAACGAGACGAUAAAGGAGCUAGUUUUUCUUUGUUUUGCUUUCUAUAUUGAUCACAGACUGGUUUAGAUUCUUGAGACGUUGAAACGAAUUCAAAAGAAAUCUUCGUUUCGAGAAGGUCAAUGUGUAAACGUAUGUGUGUACCCGUGAGGUCUUGCAUGAGAGGAACAGAGUACUUUAAGUAAUUAAAAUACAAGUUAACACCUUCGUAUACCGCAUUUCCCGGCUAAUUUCCUAGAACGCUAUAAAUAUAGAUUGUUCUGUUGUUGUACACCGAGGCGUAAGUUUUGUAAAUAGAGUAUACGUCUAAUAUUAAUAAUAAUCGAGUAUUGUAAGCGAACACGAUAUCUCAUUUAAGAACGAACGAACGAACGAACGAAAGCGAGUAUACUUGGACAUUGUGAUAUUUUGGGCCCGCUGUUCCCGUUUUUCGUUUUUCCUCGACAGUGACCAGCCGUGCACAUGAUAUUGCAAGGGAAAAAUAAAGCGGCACCACUAAUAAAAACGUCGACUAUUCUAACGAGACGAGACAAUAAAUGUG